GGUUGGUGGCUCAAGAUGGCGGAGGGUGACAGCGGGAGUGAGCGAGGCGGCGGCGGCGGUGGAGGUGGCGGCGGCGGGGGAGGUGGAGGAGGCGGGGGAGGCGGCCUCUUGUUGCAGCAACAGCAGCAGGAGACACAGGAGCUGGCCUCCAAGCGGGUGGACAUCCAGAACAAGCGCUUCUACCUGGACGUCAAGCAGAAUGCUAAAGGCCGCUUCAUCAAGAUCGCCGAGGUGGGCGCGGGAGGCAACAAGAGCCGGCUCACGCUCUCUAUGGCGGUGGCGGCCGAGUUCCGCGACUACCUGGGCGACUUCAUCGAGCACUACGCGCAGCUCGGCCCGUCGGACACGGACUCGGCCGCCGGCCUGGCAUCAGACGAGCCGCGGCGAGCGCUCAAGAGCGAGUUCCUGGUGAGGGAGAACCGCAAGUACUACAUGGACCUGAAGGAGAACCAGCGCGGCCGCUUCCUGCGCAUCCGCCAGACCUUAAAUCGAGGCCCCGGCUUAGGGGGGACGCAAGGCCAGACCAUCGCCCUGCCGGCGCAAGGCCUGAUCGAGUUUAGAGACGCGCUGGCCAAGCUGAUCGACGACUACGGCGUGGACGACGAGCCGUGCGGCCAGGCCGAGCUGCCCGAGGGCACGUCCAUCACUGUGGACAGCAAGCGCUUCUUCUUCGACGUGGGCUCCAACAAGUACGGCGUGUUCAUGCGGGUGAGCGAGGUGAAGCCGUCGUACAGAAACUCCAUCACCAUCCCGUACAAAGCCUGGUCCAAGUUCGGCAGCGCCUUCAGUAAGUACGCCGAGGAGAUGAAGGAGAUCCAGGACAAGCAUCGGGACAAGAUGCUCUUCGAGAGGCGAGCCGACGAAUCGGAUGGCGAAGAUGUGGACGACGAUUGAAGCUAUUCAGUAAGAGAAGAAGAAACAAAAAAAAAGAAAAUAAGAGCAAAUUGUGUCGAUUGAGAAGUUAAAAAAAAAAUUAACGAGUAAAUUGGUGUGUCGAUUGCAAAGAAAGACGUUUUAAAAAAUCUUUAAAAAGAACAAAUUGGGUCGAUUGCAAAGAAGAUUUACAAAAAUAAAACCUCGAGAAAAUGUUUUGAAUAGUAUUUUUUGGGAAACGCAGUUACAUAAGUGAAAAUGCAUCUUCUGAAGAGUGGAAACGACUUGCAAUGGUAUAUGUAUGCAAAUUUGUGAAGGGAAAGAAAUGGAGCAAGUUCUGGAAGAUGUUGGAUGAACGAUUCAUUGCGAAAUACACACUGUUAUUUGUGGAAAAGCGUCGUAUCACUGAACCAUCAGCAAUUCAGAAAAGAAAAGAUUUGUUGGCACAACCAAAAGUUUUACAGGAAGAGAAAAAAACUACAAACCUCCACAUGGAGUGAAAAUUAUUUGGAGAGCCACCAUCAAGGCCCUGAAGCCAGCAACACUUCAAAAACGUUCUUUUCGUAUAUUUAAAAAGUUCUUAUGGAAGUUUUUUUAAUUAUUUUAAAUACUGGACAAUCAAGAGUCAUUUUUAAAAUUUGUUUUCAUUCUAAAUAUUUCAAAUAUAUUUGAUAAAACUGUCGUUUCUGAUGUAGAAAAUUAAUGUUUUUAAAUAGAAACAAAUGAAGGCUUGACUUAUUCAAUAGCAGGAUACAGUGCUAGUUUCACAUGAAAUCUACUGCCAGGGUUUGCAUACAGAUUGACUGCAGCUCAUCCAUUUGAAAGUAAUGUCCCAUUUUGUUUUGUGUGUUUUGUUUAGCUGUAGUGUAUCUCUUCUCCCCCCCCCCCCCCCCCCCCCCCCCCCCCCCCCCCCCCCAGUAUUUUUGGCAGUGUUAUGUGCAUCCUGUAACAUCAUUGCAGUAUAAAUUAUCAGCAGAAAUUCUGCUAGUGUGAACUUGUUACCCUGUAGUAGAGACUGCUUGUAACUAGCCCCGGUGCUAUUGUCGACAACUAAUGACAUGUCGAGCCUUGUUAAGAGAUGCUCAAUGGAGUGUUUCUGUUUUACUUUUAUUUUAAGUCAGUUAUCCACGACGUACAAUCUGACUUUUCCAGACUUGAGAAUGUGCAUUUGCUUUUAAGUAGAAUAAUUGUAUAAAAAAAAAAAUUCACAAUGAACCACAAUUUCCCAAGAAACAUUAUUUAUGUACACAAAAUUGUUAGCUAUUGGGCAGAAUAGAUGAGAACUAAAAUUAUUUACCUAACAAACACCGGCAAUAAGGAAAAGGGUCGUACAGCUCUGCUGUUUUUUUCCAUUUAAAUCGUGCAGGAAUUUAGGCUUUUAAUGUUAUUUUUUUAAGCUGUCUAUUUAUUUAUUAGAAACAGUAAUUAUAUUUUGCAGUAUUUUCCCCUCUAAAGGCUCCGGACUAUGCUAUUAGAGCAAAUAACGAGCAUUUUCCUGCCGAUUGACCCAAGUAGCCGGUGAGUCGGAUAUAAGCAUUCAAUACACAUUUGAAAAUUAUUGAAUUAUAUGUGCAUCCAUUAUAGACCACUCAUUAUUCGUUAUCCACAAUUUAAUUUUAUGCCAUUCAAUAUACCCCUACAUGAGCUGUCAAAGUUGUGACGUGUUAUUCAAUUGUGUUUAAACUGAGUCGGGUGGGGAAGGGGAUGGUGUUGGUGCAUUAAAGGGGAGGAAUUAAAGCCAGGAUGUUCAGAUAUCACUUUUGCAAUCAAACAGCUUUCAGUUUGAAUGUGUGCUGAUGUAAACAAUAUCUGGACUGAAAAAAAAAAAAAGUAACCUCUUGCCAGCUAGCAUUCAAGGAUAACUGGGAGAAGCUGCUAGGCAAAUAUUGUUUGUGUGUGUGUGUAUAGAUAUAUAAUUCUGGUGUGAAUGGGAAUAUCUCCACCAGAUACGGUCCUUUACACUUUGCAUAUUUUGGUUUUGUGUGUUUUUGUUUUAAAUUCAUGGGUGAAGGAAAAUGAGAAAGUAGAUUGGAGUCUUCAUAACCUGGUUGUGGCUUGUAAAUUACACGAGAUAGUAUGCAACUUCUAAGCUGUAUAAAAUGUCACCUGUGUUGAGCAUAGUAAUCCACACCUGUUUGGAUACGUUUCAAUGUGCUGUAAGAGUUGGCUGGUUCAAACAUGAUUAGUUGGGUCUAUGAAAUAGACUCUUGAUGUAAGGAGGAAAUUUAGCGGAGAGCUUUGGAAUACAAAACAUGCAGCUUGGUAAUCUUUGUUCGAAGGAGAAUUUAUAGCCAGUUUGUUUGUUGAAUUUUCUGAUUAUCUGCUUAUUCAGUGUGUGGUGUCUUUGUUUUUAAAACUUAUUAGAAAUUAAAAUAUACAAAGUGAAA